UCCGUCAAAGCGGCCAUGGAGAAGUUUGCCAGCCCGGGCAAAGGGAAUGGCCUGCGCCUCACCAAGCACGCGAAGCCCGGCGAGUUGCUGUACCGCGCGGAGCCUUUCGCCUAUACCGUCACCAAGAAGCGCCUGGGAGGCGUGUGCGAGCGCUGCCUGCGCAGGAAAGAUCGACUGCUUAGGUGUUCUCAGUGCAAAGUUGCAAGAUACUGUGAUAUACAAUGUCAGAAAGUAGCAUGGCAAGAUCAUAAACGAGAAUGCAAGUGUAUUAAGAAUAUUGAUCCCAACUUUCCCCCCGAUUCAGUGAGGCUCGUUGGCAGGAUUAUUUUCAAACUACUAAGACAAUCAACAUGCCCAUCUGAGGAGCUCUACUCUUUUUCCGAUCUUCAAUCAAAUUUUGAAAAGUUAAGUGAAGAAAUGAAAGAAGGCCUUGGGUACCUCACAAGGGCAUUGCAACUGUAUUUGAAGGUGGAGAUCCAAGAUGUUUCUCAGCUACCGCCUGCCCUAGAUGUUUUUCAGACCUUCGCAAAAGUGACCUGUAACUGCUUCAGCAUUAGUAAUGGAGAGGUGCAGGAUGUUGGUGUUGGCCUUUAUCCCAGCAUGUCUCUGCUGAACAACAAUUGUGAUCCCAACUGUGUGAUAGUCUUCCAGGGUCCACAGCUCCACCUUCGCUCAAUCCGGGAGAUUCAGAUAGGUGAAGAGCUCACUAUCAGCUAUAUUGACACAAUGAUGUCCAGUGCUGAACGCCAGCAACAACUGAAGCGCCAAUAUUGUUUUGAAUGUGACUGCCUCAUGUGCCGCACACAUAGCAAGGAAGCUUUCAUGUUGGCUGGUGAUGAGCAAGCCUGGAAAGAAGUCAAGGAAGUAAUAAAUAAAGUGACAACUCCCAAGUCACAAGAAGAAUGGAAGGAGGCUCUGGUGAAAUACCGAACAUCAUUUAAAAAGACCGGUACUCUUCUCCCAGACACAAAUAUCUACCAGCUGAAACUGCUUGACCUUGCUAUGGAUGCCUGCAUAAACCUUGGUCUUUUGGAGGAAGCUUUGCUUUAUGGUAACAGAACUUUGGAGCCAUACAGGUUUUAUUAUUCUAGCUUCCAUCCUUUAAGGGCUGUCCAGAUGAUGAGAGUGGCCAAAUUGCAGUACAGCCAAGAUAUGUUUCCUCAGGCCCUGGAAACCUUGAAGCAGGCGUAUGAUAUUAUGAAAGUGACCCAUGGGGCAGAGCACAGUCUAGUGCAAGAUUUGAUGAUGCUUAAAGAAGACUGUGAGGCUGGCAUAACAGUCAAGAGUGGCCCACAAACCUGAUGAACUCUGCUCUGCCAAGAGAAGGCCAAGAAAAGACAAUGAAGAAAGCAAAUUCUACUUCUAGACAGGCAACGUGGCAGUAAAAUCUCCAUGUGUAUAGCUAGGAGAAAAGUUCUGUUUGUUACAUAGUCUCUGCCUUAUUACUUCUGUUAGUUUUCCAGCUGCUGUUUCUCAACAGUGAACUUUUCCAGGUGCAAUGUACUACCUGCAAAGUGAUAUGUUAACGUAGUAAACCUUAUCUAACAAUAUACUAGUUUCUGGGAACAAUUUUCUUCAUGUGUCGUGUCAUGUUUUUUAAGACACACUCUCUGUGCUUUGAUCUAAAUUAUUGGAUGGGUGUAGGGUGCCUCUGAACUAUGGAGAAUUUAGACUCCAUUUUCCAACCAGUCAGAUCUCUUCUUGAUUUUUUCUUUCCCUCUCACAUUUUGUUGAUGCCAGGCAUGGAGAUGUUCUUGAUAUAAUCUCACUUUAUAUUCUAUAUCAUCUUAUUACGUCCGGCAUGUUUAUUAUUAGUAUGCUCAUCAUGACAUUUGCAUAUUAAAGUUGGAUAUCACCUUU